AGGAGCCCCGGUCGGCGGGACUUCCGUGUUGGCGGGAUUCUGAACGCUGCCAUGGCUCAGACCGUGCAGAACGUUACAUUGUCGCUCACUCUGCCCAUCACGUGCCACAUUUGCUUGGGGAAGGUACGCCAGCCUGUCAUAUGUAUCAACAAUCAUGUAUUUUGUUCGAUUUGUAUUGAUAUGUGGCUGAAGAAUAAUAGCCAGUGUCCAGCCUGCAGAGUCCCCAUCACUUCUGAAAAUCCUUGCAAAGAGAUUAUUGGAGGAACAAGUGAAAGUGAGCCUAUGCUAAGUCAUACAGUCAGGAAGCACCUACGGAAAACUAGACUUGAGUUACUCCACAAAGAAUAUGAGGAUGAAAUAGAUUGUUUGCAGAAAGAGGUAGAUGAGCUUAAGAGCAAAAAUCUCAGCUUGGAGUCACAGAUCAAGACUAUUCUGGAUCCUUUAAACUUGAUGCAGAGCAACCAAAAUGAAGACAAACAUCUAGUUGCAGAUAAUCCAAGUAAAAUUGACCCAGAAACUGUAAUAGAGUGGAAGAAAAAGCUCAAAACAGCUAAUGAAAUCUAUGAAAAAGUGAAAGAUGAUGUGGAUAAGUUAAAGGAGGCAAAUAAAAAGUUGAAAUUGGAAAAUGGUGGCCUGGUGAGGGAGAAUUUACGACUGAAGGCUGAAGUUGAUAAUAGAUCACCUCAGAAGUUUGGAAGGUUUACAGUUGCUGCCCUUCAGUCCAAAGUAGAGCAGUACGAACGUGAAACAAAUCGUCUCAAGAAAGCCCUAGAACGAAGUGAUAAGUAUAUAGAAGAACUAGAAUCUCAAGUUGCACAGCUAAAAAAUUCAAGUGAAGAGAAAGAAGUUAUGAAUUCCAUUUGCCAGAGAUCACUUUCUGUCGAUGGCAAGGGGAGCAAGGGCAGUGAAGAUGAUGUGGCAUCAAAGAAUCAAGGUGAUAGUGCCAGAAAGCAGCCCAGCUCAACCACUGUGAGUUCUUCUCACCUGGCAAAGCCUUCCAGCAGCAGACUCUCAGAUACCAGUUCUGCCAGGCAAGAAAGCACCAGCAAAACAGAACUAAGCUGUUCUAAGAAAAAAGACCUCUAUCAAAAACAGGUAGAAAUAAUGUUAGAUGUGACAGAUACUAGUAUGGAUUCUUAUUUGGAAAGAGAGUGGGGUACAAAACCAAGUGAUUGCGUACCCUACAAAGAUGAAGAACUUUAUGAUCUUCCAGCUCCUUGUACUCCCUUGUCCCUUAGUUGCCUUCAGCUUAAUACUCCAGAAAAUAGAGAGAGCUCCAUGGUUAAAGGUGGAAGUUCCACAAAGCACUCAAAUCAUCUCAGAAAGUUGGUAUUUGAUGAUUUUUGUGGUUCUCCAAAUGCUUCUAAUAAAGAUUCUUUAGAAGAUGAUAUAAGUGGAAAUGAAAAUGAAAAGAAAUCAGAAUGUUUUACUUCUCCAAAGACAGGAUUUUGGGACUGUUGUUCCACAAGCUAUGCCCAGAGUUUGGAUUUUGAAAGUUCAGAGGGAAACACAAUAGCAGAUUCUGUUGGAGAAAUAUCUUCAAAACUGAAUGAGAAAUCAGGCUCUUGCUUAUCCAAGAAGUUGAAUUCCAUUCGCUCUUUUGAAAUGAACCGGACAAGAACCUCCAGUGAAGCAUCAAUGGAUGCUGCUUACCUGGACAAAAUCUCUGAGUUGGAUUCAAUGAUGUCCGAGUCAGACAACAGCAAGAGCCCUUGUAAUAAUGGUUUUAAGUCAGUGGAUUUAGAUGGCUUAUCAAAGUCAUCUCAAGGCAGUGAAUUUCUUGAGGAAACUGAUAAAUUGGAAGAAAGAACUAAGCUAAACCUUUCUAAAGGUUCUUUAACUACUGACCAAUUAGAAAAUGGAAAUGAAUGGAAACCCACUUCUUUCUUCCUCCUUUCUCCAUCUGACCAAGAAAUGAAUGAAGAUUUUUCACUCCAUCCCAGUUCGAAUCCAGAAACUAAUGAAAUCAAACCCCCAAGCUGUUUGUUUCAGACAGAGUUUUCCCAGGGUGUCUUGUUAAGCAGUUCACAUCGACUAUUUGAUGAUCAAAGGUUUGGGUCAUCUUUGUUUAAGAUGUCCUCAGAGAUGCAUGGUCUUCCUAACCACCUCCAGUCUCCUUGGUCUACUUCCUUUGUGCCUGAAAAGAGGAAUAAAAAUGUGAAUCAGUCAACAAAAAGAAAAAUCCAGAGCAGUCUUUCCAAUGCCAGCCCAUCAAAAGCAACUAAAAGUUGACCCAUUAGAAAGGUGUCCUUGGUGUUUUUGUCCUGAAAAGAACUUAAGAAAUUUUAAAGUUACUUUUUUCUCCUCAUAGAAGUUCUGUACAAUUUUGAAUGGGUAAUCUUUAGUCAAGUGUCAGGCCACAAUGGGUGGAUUAACCUGUACUCAAAAUAAUUGUGUUCAAUUUGAAAAGACUUGCUUGGUUAUUUCAUUUUUAUCUGGGGAUCUUUUGACCAGAGAAGGUUGGGAGACAUUUGUUUGUUUUGUUUUUAAUGACUGUUUUACAUAUCUGGGUUGGGUGUAUUUUCUUUAUUUAACUGUCAUAUAUAGCAGCCUGGUAAUGAGCCUCAGUUGUCUUCAGAAUAUGUAUUUCAUAAAGUAAAACUGUUAGUGAUGUCUACACACUGCUUAUAAGACAAUGAGUUUCUUGAAAGCUUUUCCUAGAGUGGAAGUUAAUUUUGCUUGCCCUUUUUAAUUUAUGUGUAAUGAUGCCUAACUUUUAUUCAGUGCCAUGGUGGAGAAAUAGCACUCUAACCUUAGUCCAAUAUUCAUCUACUUUUUAAAACUUUUAUGUAUAUGUUUGCAUUUUUAACAUUGUUCUUUGUCUAGCUUUUGUGAAAACAUCCUGCUAGCAUAAAAUACA